AUGUGGCCGUACAGGAUAAUUCACAGAUGGAAGACACGAUGGCUACUAGUUCUGCUUCUUGUGACUUAUUUUUUACUUUUUGUUUUCCAUGUUUCUUGGAGCCAGCAAGAUAAUUUUGGACGAAGUGAAGCUAGAGGAACACGUGAAACUAACAGUUCGCAUGAUGACAUUGAUUGUGAUAGAUUGGCCCAAGGAGUUGAUGAGAAAUGGAUAAAUGAGGCUGAACUCUGGAUUCCGAAUAAGGAGAGUGUGUCCUCAGUUUAUCCAAACGCUGACCGAAUAGAUUGCCAGGCUCUCCACAAUCUCUUUGAUUUUCCCCGACAUCCGCUCAGCGAGUCUGAAUCCAUUUUCCCAUUGUCUUACGGCUUUCACGUUUAUAAAAAUAUUUAUCAAGUAUUGUCAGUCCUCAGUGCCUUCUAUCAUCCGCAAAAUUUUUAUUGCAUUGGAGUUGAUGGAAAGAGUCCAAAAAUCUUCAAAAAUCAGGUCAAGUUACUUGAAAAGUGUCUUCCAAAUAUUACAGUAAUUGUAAGUGUUGCUGUGCUAAUUAUUGACCCCAUUUAGGAGUUCCCAAAAGUUAAAUGGUGCACAAUCGGAACAUUAAAAGCGUUAUAUGGAUGUUUUGAAUAUCUCACAAAGGCCUCCCAUCCUUGGCAAUAUUAUCAAUACAUUUCCAACCACGAUCUUCCUUUGAAGACGAACUUUGAGAUGGUUCAGUUAUUCAAAGCCCUAAACGGAGCUAUAAUUACCGAGGUGACAAGGAGAAAUAAAAUAGAAGAGGUAAGUUCUAGUAUCAUUCGUUUUAUUUCACAGAAAAGAUUUGAACUCCCACUAUACAAGUCAUCAAUGUCAGCGGUGAUCAGCAGAGAAGCCGCGAAUUAUGCAGUAACUAAUGCGAGAGUUAAGGUCCUGUUUAAAGAAAUAAGUAAGGCCCGCUUACCUACUUGUCCGGAUGAAGUCUUAUGGGGAACUUUAUUUGGAAACAAGAAGUGUAAGGCUAAUGAAGAGAUACGAUAUGAUUGCAGUAUUCCCAGCACCCGGUUCCUUCGAUCUUCCCUCAAUGAGAGACGCUUUGUUCAAAUCGAUUAAGGGUAUGAAGAUGAAAGAACCAAUCGUAAAGUUGAAUGACGCAAAGGAGGAGCCCUUUAAUUUGGUGUCUUAUUAUAUUCCGAGAUAUCAAGUUUGGGCUGGAUCUAGACGAAGAUGCCACGGUAAGUUGUAUAAAAGUUACGUAACGAUAAGUCCACUCGAUUUGUUUAGGAAAACAUGUCCAUACUUCUUGCGUCUAUGGAAUUAAGGAUAUCCCGACUCUCCUGGCUAGACCCGAGCUUGUUGCUCAUAAAUUAUAUGCAGACUAUCAGCCAGCGGCGUUUUAUUGCUUAAGGAAAUUGGUAAAAGAACGGGCUCAUCAUCCAGAUCAGAGGUUAUUCAAAGGCAAGGUGUAUUCUCAAUUGGCCCAUGUUCGAAUUCUGAAUGGAGAUGAUCCAAGCGAUGUACAAUACUUUCACUAA